AUGGGUGGUCUGUGCUGCUCUUGUUUGAGACCAUCCCAAUCAAAGGAGAUGAAAAAGUCACUGGAGUCAAUUGAUUCUAGGCUCCAACUCAUUAUGAAAGGUGGAACGUAUGUGCUGGGGUACAAGCAGAUUCUUAAGAUGAUCAGACAAGGCAAAGCAAAAUUGGUCAUCCUUACUAACAACUUCCCAGCUUUAAGGAAAUCCAAAAUAGAGUACUAUGCAAUGUUGACCAAAGCUGGUGUCCAUCACUACAGUGGCAAUAAUGUUGAACUGGGCUCAGUAUGCGGAAAACACUACAGAGUAUGCACAUUGGCACGAAUUGAUCCAGGUGAUUCUGAUAUCGUUAGAAGCAUGCCAGAACAGACUUGUGGAAAGCAAAUCAUGCAAAAUUUUCCUUCAAGAAUACUUGCCAGAACUUUUUAA